AUGGCCUCGUUCAGAUUCUGCGCGGAGUGUAACAAUAUGUUGUACCCCAAGGAAGACAAGGAUAAUGCAAGACUCUUGUAUUCAUGUCGUAAUUGUGAUUACACUGAGUUGGCAGAGAAUCCAAAGGUUUACAGACACGAACUUAUUUCGAAUAUUGGUGAAACCGCUGGUGUAGUUCAAGAUAUUGGUAACGAUCCAACAUUACCAAGAUCGAACAAGGAAUGCCCAUCGUGCCAUAAUACGGACUGUGUUUUCUUCCAGUCUCAGCAAAGAAGAAAGGAUACUAGUAUGGUGUUGUUCUAUGUUUGUUUGCAUUGUAAGACAACGUUUAGGGCGUAG